CCACAAUUGUAGUUUUUUCGAGGUAAACAAACGAAGAAAACAUAUAUUUAUAGCCAGCCCGUCGCUCGAUUGAACGCAAACUCCUCGGCAGCGGGUAAUUGAUGUGGCACCCUGCCAGCGGCAUGACAAGUCAAUCCUGCACACCGAUCAUCCCUCGCACUGCGGCGUGGCAUUAAUUUACGCGGCGCCCGCCGUCAUAUAACUUUGUGAUAAUCAGCUACUAAUACAUUCACCACAUACGAUGGGCAGCAGAAUGGCUGAGAAUGCCGGAAGCAGUGUUAUCAGCAUUAAUGGAGCCGCUGGCCAGGCGACGGCAGGAGCCUCCCCGCAACCGCAGCGGAAAUCCUCGUCUGCAGAGUCGCCGCCGGAGCUGCGCAUUCUGUGCUUCGACCUCACCUUCUACAACCGCACUACCCAGUUUCUGCUGAGCUGUGCCGGCGUCUUCAUCCUGUACAUCCUAUACGGCUACCUGCAGGAGCUGAUCUUCACGGUGGAGGGAUUCAAGCCGUACGGCUGGUUCCUCACCCUCGUCCAGUUCGGCUAUUACAUCGGCUUUGGGCUGGUGGAGCGUCGCCUCGAGGGAUAUCGGGUGAGCGGAGGAUCCUUCUGGAGCAUUGAGCCGGAGCCACGUUGCAUUCCCAUGAAGACGUACCUUGUCCUGGCCGCCCUGACGCUGGGCACCAUGGGCCUGUCCAACUCCAGCUUGGGCUACCUGAACUACCCCACGCAGGUGAUCUUCAAGUGCUGCAAGCUGAUUCCCGUCCUGGUGGGCAGCAUCCUCAUCCAGGGCAAGCGCUACGGAGUGCUGGAUUUUGCGGCAGCCACCUGCAUGUGCAUCGGUUUAGCUUGGUUUACGCUAGCCGACUCCCAGAUGACGCCGAACUUUAAUCUGCUGGGCGUGGCCAUGAUAUCGGGCGCCCUGCUCUGCGACGCCGCCAUUGGGAAUGUCCAGGAGAAAGCCAUGCGGGAGUUCAAGGCGCCCAGCAGCGAGGUGGUCUUCUACUCGUACGGCCUGGGCUUCGUUUAUCUCUUUGUGAUCAUGCUGGUUACCGGCAACUUCUUCAGCGGAUUCGCCUUCUGCCUGGAGCACCCCCUGGAAACCUUUGGCUACGGCUUCUUGUUCAGUCUCUCUGGCUAUCUGGGCAUCCAGUUUGUGCUCGCUUUGGUGCGGAGUAGUGGCGCUCCCAUAGCGGCCACAGUGACCACCGCUCGCAAGGCUGUGACCAUUGCCUUCUCCUUCAUCCUCUUCAGCAAGCCCUUCACUGUGCAAUAUCUGUGGUCCGGCCUGAUAGUUGUAUUGGGCAUCUACCUGAACGUGUGUAGCAAGAAGAACAAACUGACGUUUGCGGACAUCCGGCAGAGAUUAAAACAGUUCGCCAAUUCCAGGAUCGCACGGACUCCGAGUCGCAAAUUCCUCAUCGAAGUUUAGUUUGAAUACCAAAAAUAAGUUCCACCUUUUAGUCGAAUUUGGACACCGGUUUUCUACAAGAAAGCUAUGUACUAUAUUUACUUAAUUAUACGCUAUGCUAAUCUUUUGUAGCCUCCA